CGUCCGCAGUGCACGAGAGGCCUGCUUCCAGUGGAAGAAAGCGCUUUCAAUACGGUGAGGUCAUGUUAUCGAAACCAGCAGCCGAAUAAGCGCUAUUAAUAAUCAAUAGAGACUUCACCACAUCAUUUCUGAAGAGCCCGAAUAUUUAGUCGCAUUUAGGAUACAGAGAGUGUUUAUAUUUCAAUCGUAGCAGGUUUGUAAAAGUCUGCCUCGUUCGGAUGCUAGGACAUCGACUUCAUCAUGAACAAAAAUAAGCGAGAAAAAGAGUUCUACAGUGUAGAUGUGGGUGAUUCGACAUUCACAGUGUUGAAGCGCUAUCAGAAUCUAAGACCCAUUGGCUCGGGUGCUCAGGGAAUAGUCUGCUCAGCGUAUGACCACAACCUUGAGCGAAACGUGGCUAUAAAGAAACUCAGCCGGCCUUUUCAGAAUCAGACUCAUGCCAAACGCGCAUACAGAGAGCUGGUGCUCAUGAAGUGCGUCAACCAUAAAAACAUAAUAGGGCUCUUAAAUGUUUUUACACCCCAAAAAACAUUAGAAGAAUUCCAAGAUGUUUACCUAGUAAUGGAGCUGAUGGAUGCCAACCUCUGCCAAGUCAUUCAGAUGGAGCUGGACCACGAGCGGCUGUCCUAUCUUCUGUACCAGACGCUGUGUGGAAUAAAACACCUCCACUCCGCAGGGAUCAUCCACAGGGAUCUAAAACCCAGCAACAUUGUGGUAAAGUCAGACUGUACUCUAAAGAUCCUGGAUUUCGGUCUGGCCAGGACAGCAGCUACGGGUCUGCUGAUGACACCAUAUGUGGUGACGCGUUACUAUAGAGCUCCUGAAGUCAUCCUUGGAAUGGGAUAUCAAGCCAAUGUGGACAUUUGGUCUGUGGGCUGCAUUUUGGCAGAAAUGGUCCGUCACAAAAUCCUUUUUCCUGGGAGGGACUAUAUUGAUCAGUGGAACAAGGUCAUCGAGCAGCUGGGAACACCAUCCCAGGAGUUCCUGAUGAAACUCAACCAGUCAGUGCGGACCUAUGUGGAGAACAGGCCACGGUACACCGGAUACAGCUUUGAGAAGCUGUUUCCCGACGUCCUGUUCCCUGCUGAUUCAGAACACAACAAACUGAAAGCGAGCCAGGCACGGGACCUGCUGUCUAAAAUGCUGGUAAUAGAUGCAUCCAAACGAAUUUCUGUGGAUGAAGCUCUUCAGCACCCCUACAUUAAUGUGUGGUACGACCCAGCUGAAGUGGAAGCGCCACCUCCUCUGAUCAUAGACAAACAGCUCGAUGAGAGGGAACACACAGUGGAUGAGUGGAAAGAGCUGAUCUAUAAAGAAGUUAUGGAUUGGGAAGAACGAGUGAAGAAUGGUGUCAUUCGAGGUCAGCCCUCCCCUCUAGGUGCAGCAGUGAUCAACGGCUCACCCCAGCCCUCCUCCUCCUCCUCUAUUAAUGACGUCUCCUCCAUGUCCACAGAGCCCACCGUGGCCUCGGACACGGACAGCAGCCUGGAGGCCUCUGCGGGACCCCUGAGCUGCUGCAGAUGACUAUCACCUUCCCCUGGAGAUUCUCUGUGUGUGGCAUGGUAUCAGAUUUAGGCCAGUCUAAUACAUUAUUUCGGGUCGGGUAUGGCUUUUUGAGUUCUGCUGUAGAUGCUGUAAAUGACUAUACAAUUUGACCUUUUUAGCAACAGCCCUAACAGGUUUAGCCAAUGAUAGUGAACUCCUUAACAAAAAACUUCUUUUAUAAGCUACAUUUAGAGUAUUUUGUCAUGUUGUCGUAGAGUGAUUUUGGAAGGUAAUCUGUAAAGAUUGAAUUGUGAAUAUAUUUUCUCAAAUUCAUUUAUUUUGAGUCUUUUUUUCCCUGGUCAAUGUAUAAUUUUCUUAGUCACCUGGGAUAUGAAAAUCUUUAGAUUGUCAAUAUUAGUAUUUUAAAAUUGAUAUCAACAUAGUUAUUUAAGUACAUUUUGACAGCUUGCCUGAGGUCGCUUUUUCUGGGUCAUGUUUUCCAUUUUUGUGCACAGCACAUUUUAUUUAAAUUUUGUACAGUUUCGUUUAGAUAUAAUAAUUCACAACAUCGAAAAAAUAUUUUUAUAUGUACAUUGAGUUAUUUUGUCAGGCUGAUCUGUUUUUCAUGAAUACUUUUUGCUGCUGGUUAAUUUCCUGGUAGACUGUGAUAUGUGUUGUGCUUGUCCAUAUGUCUCUGGUGUUCUUGUUCUAGUCCUAGUUACCUGGGAUUUCAGCAACUUUUAUUUUUUUUAAUUAUUUAAAUUCAUUUUACCCCUUCAAAAUCUGCAUAUAGAACAAGCAUUGCACUUCAAUACCGUCCUGGUCCGAAUUAUUGGCACCCUUUGUUAAAUAUGAACUUAGACAAAAAUCUGCAUUAUUAAUUAUUAAUCCUUUUGUUUUUCUCUAAUAAACACUGGCCACAAUUAAUGGCACCUUUCUAUUCCAUACUUUUUGCAACCUCCUUUUGCCAAGAUAACAGCUCUAGAGGAUUCCCCUAUAAUGGAGAACACCUGACGAGAUCUCAGACCAUUCCCCUAUACACAAUCUCUCCAGAUACUUCAGAUUCCCAGCUCCAUGUUGAUGGUGCUUCUCUUCAGUUCAACCCACUCAUUUUCUGGACAGGUUCAGGUCAGGGUACUGGGAUGGUCAUGGCAGAAGUUUCAUUAUGUGUUCAGUGACACACUUUUGUGUUGAUUUUGACGUUUGAAUUGAUGUCCUGAUGGAAGAUCCAACCAUGGCCCAUUUAUAUGAUUUCUAGCAGAGGGCGUCAGGUUUAGAUUUUUUUUAUCUGUUGUUGGUAUGCGGUAGAAUCCAUGAUGCCAUAUAUCUAAACAAGAUGUCCAGUACCUCCAGCAAAAAAUAUGCUCACAAUUUCAAAGACCCAGCAGUAUAUUUAACCGUGGACAUUGGGUACUUAUUAUCCCUGGUUCCUUCUGGUGGGUUUGCUGCCAUAAAGUAAUUUUUUUGUUUUUUUUGUUUCAUUUGACCAUAGAAGCCUGUCCCUGUUGAAGUUCAAGCAGUAUCUGACAACAAUAUGCUGACCCCUAGACUCAACUAUUUCCUGCAAUUCUCCAGCGGUGACUCUUGGAGAAUAUUUGGCCACUCGAACUAUCCUCACUGCGCAUUAAUACAACAUAGAGACAACAUAGUCCUCUUCCAGGCAGAUUCAUAACAUUUCCUUUUGAUUGAAACUUCUUAAUUAUUAAUGGUGGAAAUGGGAAUGUUUAACGCUUUAGCUAUUUUACAGGCACUUUCUUUUUUUGUGAAGCUAUAUUCAGAACUAUAUUCUUUGAAAUAUAAAGAUAUAUUUAUUUUACUCGUGAUAGAUGAUUAAGGGAAUUUGGCUUGUGGAAGAGGAAGGCAUGUUCCUAGUCACCAUGGUGUGUUACAAAAUUGCAAAUAUGAAGGGGAAUAUACUUCAGAUAUAUAUUGUAUAUAAGGGAAUAUAUAUAUAUAUAUAUAUAUAUAUAUAAAGGGAACCGGUAAUUGUGGCUAAUGUGUGUGUUGAUAAUCAAAAGGAUAAACAAUGCAGAUUUAUUUCUACAGCCAUCUUUGAUCAUGUUUACCAAGGGUGCCAAUAAUUCUGUAGGGCCCUAUAAUAUCCGCAAUCGCGUAAUUGGCCAAUUAACGCAGAAACUAAUGUUAACGCAGAAUUUUUUUUCGUAAUUUUUCAUAUUUGGAAUGAAAUUCUGUUUUAGUGUGAGAGAAGAACUUAUCUCUGGGGAAAAUGCAGACCGAGGGAAGCAAAUCUGGGUGACACAACCCCAACCCCUCAUCCUCACCCCCCGUCCCCCAAUUUGGGAAAAAAUAAAAUGGAUUUUUUAGGGCCCUAAUUCUGAUCACGACUGUAGCUAGGAUUAUAUCAAUAUUAGAUUUUGCUGUUUUUCUCUAAUAUUUUUCCAACCCUUAACAAUGUUUGUUUUGUGACUUUUUUUAGUUGGUAGAGCAAAUGUUUUCCAAUUAUUUUAUUAUUAUUUUGGAAGACCUACAAAAACGUCUACACUAGUUAAUUUCUAGUAUAUUCCAUUAGAGUUAUUAAGCUACUUAUUUUUGUACAACAGUGAAAUGAAGCCAAUUUGAAAAGAAUUUUUCUCUAGAUUGUUUUUAUUGUUUUUCUUAUUUCCCCCGUCAGGUUAGAAGGUCUGUAACGGCACAUUAUUUGCUGUAAAUGAACGGGACAUACUGAAUUGACCUACUUGUACGUAUAUGAAUUGUAACUCGUGACAUUGAAUACUGUGGAGUGCCAUGUAUUAUUUGAUAAGACUAAGAUGUAUCAGGGAAGUGGGUUUCUUUUACAUUUGCUUUUGAAUGUGAGCGUGAGAGAGAACGUUGAAAAGGCCUGAAGUUUUGGAGUGAAAUGUGGGAAUCUGAAUGUUGUUGUCCUGGGGUUUAGCCCAUUGGAUUUAUUUACCUGUGCACAGGGUAAAAAUUAAAUAAAUAAAAAAACCUACAUAUUUUGCUAUUACUUUAUAUUAUUAUUUUUGUUUUAAGUGCUCUUAAUAGUGGCAAUGAUAUUAAGCCCUGCAUACUUGCCUGGGAAGCCUGAACCUACUGUAACUGCAAAAAGCAAAAGCUUCUCAAAACGUGAUGUUUUAGGCAUGAAAACACAAGAGCCGUUUGAAGGUUGAGUCUGAACUACCUCACACUGACACCAUACAGCUCACAUUUUACAAGUAUUACUGUAAACUUCAUUUCAUUUUAUUUAUUUAUUCAGAAGAAUAUGAGUGUACAAGUGUUUGUAAGUGUGAAUCUAUGAGAAUGUGUUGUAUGUAUGUGUAUACAAUUCAAUGACUGUGUCCUUGUUUCCUCUAGACUUUUUUGCUUGUUUGUUUUAUUCAGUUUAUGUGCAGUAACUCAAAGCUGAACAGUGAACCAUCUGAUUUCAGACUAUUUAUUUCAGAAGAUGUUUAGAAGGGUUCUGUCCAUUUUUUUUUCUAUUUUGAGAAAAAGAAAAGAGAAUGAUUAAAAUGGAGAGGAAAUGUUUCUCAUCCCCAGUUUCAGCAGUGGGCGGUAUCUUGCAUGACCUGCUUAGCUUUUGAUUUUUUAAGUCCAGAACACUGUACAAGAACCAUAUGAUCAUGGUGCUGGGUUUAUUAGACUUCACAAACUGAUGCAGUUGUUUUAUAUUAGGGUUAGCAGAUUACCACCUCAUUUGAAUGCACUGAACUUCAACUGUUAACAUCAUAACAACUGGAAAAAUGGAAAUAAACCAUUGAAAAUGGG